GUUCGCCUUGGACGGGUCGGAUGGAAAGUUGCAGUCGUCGGUGUGUCGGGCGAAUUGCAGAGAAACGAGGACCAGUUUGAGGAAGGAAACUCGAAGCAGCCGUCGGGCCGACGAGGAUCGUCGACGGUAUCGAGCCGCGAGACGUCAAGAGCAGCCCAGCCAAACUCCAGAAGCGCCUGCAGGGCCUCCUGAGGUCCAUCGAGGCGCCCUUCCGCAGGUACCUGGCGGCUCAGUUCGCCAGCACCGACCAUGACCUUUCCGCCGGACACAUGAAAGCGCCAGAAACCUCCAACGAGGAGCAGGGCCCAGCUGCGGCGGCAAAGGGCCCUGAGGAUCCUCCUCCCGCGCGUCGGAUCGCGCUCACCGCCUCCGAAGACCUGCCGCCGCGAAAGUCUCCAGUGACUGUCCAAGAAUGGAUCGACUCGCUGCCGCACCCUGGCGAGGUGCCCUCGUCGCCCGUCAUCCAGCGCAGACACGAGGAGGCCUCUGGCGAGCACGCGGACACUCUGGCCCUCGGCGCCGAAGCCGAGCUGAUUCUCAGGCAGACGCCGCCAUCCAUCGUUGUUCAGGGCCCGCAGCAAACGGAGGAAGAGUCAGGCUGUGAGGUGCAGUUGCGGCGCAGGGAGGCCUUCAAGAGUGGAGAACGCGUCGCCUCAUUUGCCUCUGACUCGGCCGCCUCGAAUGCGUCCAGCGCGGGCGUCGAGAGUUAUCUUGAGUCACGGAAGCCUGACCCCGAAACCAUCCUGUUCAACCUGGGCUUUGGCGGCUCCCAAGACUCUUCAAAUGAGCUGGGCCUCUCCAGAAUUCCACAACGCUUCCUGCAACCCUCACAGGUGAAGGGAAUCUCAAUCAAUCAAUUCUACAACAUCGAGCGCCAUCAGGCCGAGACAUACGAAACAGGCUUCCACGGCUACCGCGGUCUCACAGGUCCGUCACACACUCCAUCGCCGAUAGUUGCCAAAAUCAUGGAGAGACUGAGGCACCACGAGCGUUCCAACUCGGAGGGGUCGGUGGCCUCGGCCCCUGCAGCCCCGCAAACUGUGCCCUCGACUGACACGCAAGUGAUUGGCUCGGCAGAUACGGGACAUCGAUUCGCCAAGGCCGCGCAAAAAGUGCAAAACUCCAAGAGCGUCCUCACCAGAAUCCAAAGCUGGAAGUCCGACAGUCAAAAUUCUUCGACGGCAAGUGUGCUAAACGCGGACAACCGUAAAUUCUUGGAGAAGCAGGCACUGUCCAAGAGUCCGGACGUGCCUAGGCGCAUCAUCAUGGGCCGCCGCUCUUACACCUUCAGCGGCGACGACCUGAUUGAGUGCAACGAAAAAGCCCUGCCUGCGCCGCCUCCAGACAAACCACCAGCCCGCUUCCCACCGCCUCUUGUGCACAAAGACUCAAUGCUGUCCUCGACCACCAGCUACUCGGACGACUCUGAUGAGUCUGACGAGGAUUUUCGUCGCCGCUCCUUUCUGAAACGCUCCCGCCCACUCACGCCGCCGCCUGAGCUGCCGCCUCCGCCCGUUCCAGUUGCCGCCUCCACUCCAGCAAAGCCACCUGCCAGGAUGGUUUCGUCAUCCAGUUUCAGUUCCUGGGAAUCAGACUCUUGGGUGCCGUCGCCACCCGCGGGUCAGAAGCCAGCCUUCAGCACCUUCUCGUCCAUCGAAGAAACGUCCGAGCAGGAGCAGCAGGCCCGUUCCGAGUCUGAGCCUCCUGACUUACUUCGGACAAAGCCUGUGGGGGCUGAGGCGGCCGCUGCAGCUCUGGCCGCCCGUCGUGGAAGUCUCAAGCGGCAGAACAGGGUGAGCGAAGAUGAGGAGCCGUCGACGUCCUCGUCAGGGGCGCCUAGAGCUGCAGAAGGUAUUCUUUCCCGCACCGGCAGUGCCCAGUCGGACAGCAGUGGCUUCCAGGAGGAUUCGGCCAACACUGCGAGUCACUCUGUCUCACCUGAAGAAACGGCUGAGGAACACAGAUCCUCUGGAUCAGCCUCACCCGUCAAUGCUGCGAGACUGAUGGAACUACAAGACCAAGCGUCGAGGUCUCUUGAAACAUUCCGAGCUCAGGUGCUGGCUGAGACCAACCCUGAGAAGCAAGCACUGAUACAAGUCAAAGUAGACCAAAUAUCCGGUGUCCUGCUACAGCUGCAGUCACUCUGUGAAAAUUUCCAGGAGCAGGAAGGAUAAAAGGAUUGUGAUUAAGAAAACUAUUCACUUGGGCGUCCUAGUGGGGGGCGCUCGACUGUGUAGAUUUCAUUCCGCGCGAUUUAAAGCACAAAACGCCAUAUUUUAUAUAUGCAAUUUGCAACCUCUGAGGGGACCACAUUUCAUUCUCGUUAAAGUUUUUGUUUUUAAUGUUUUCCAGUCAUAUUUGUUGAGAUACAGAUCUUUCUAACUAGAAAAAGGGCAAUAAUGAAGAAAGCGUUUUGGUUUUUUGUCACUUUUAGAAUAUGUACCAAAAAUGAAAUUGU